AUGGAAACUGUUUCUGCAGGCCUAACAGAGGGCGACGUCGAGUGUUUCUCAGAGUACAUGGAGCUUUGGGUCCACAGGAUGAGGAUCGAAGGCCUGCGGCUCUGGCUCUCCGGAGCCCUUCGGAUUCCGGUGAGCCUCGCGUCCCUGGACGACCUGAACGGCAAGCUCUCGGCCUGCGGGUUCUCGCUCUACAGAGACCCAGACCGGAACUACGUGUUCCGGGUGCUCUACAGCGGCUGCUUCGUGCACCUUGAGCACGGCAACUACGUCGUAUCGCUAAGCCUGACCAAGAGAACAAGCCGCUUUGGGAGCCGAUCCAGCGCCUUCGCCAUGAAGUGCCCCCUGGUGAGAGCGCCCCCUAGUGGCGAACACGUUAUGUGUGACUCCGACUUCAUUCAGGUAACUAGAAGGAUCCCCACGGACAGCUGGAAUAACGAGCUGCCCUGGUCCCUGGCUCUGAGGGGGAAGGUGGUGGUGGCACUAGAGGACGCCAGCCUCAUUCGGCUCAGCGUGGAGACGGACGGGGUCAACAUCACCGUGCAGGGCAGGAGAGCAGAGAUCCUGAGCCCUGAGGAGGUGCUGGACACACCAGGCACUUUCCUGCCCCUUCGACUCGUCAGCGGUCACUACUCCUACAGCAUGGAGGCCAGCUGCCCUACUGGCUCUGACUCUCCCGUGGAUGAGACGGUGCUGUAUAUCUACAAGCGACGCAUGGGCCUCGUGAAGCGUGGGGGGGGCGAUGGGGAGGUGCUGUCCCUGAGCGCUAUUUCCGUGAAGCAGACCGACUCCUUCUCCGUGUUCGAGAGCAGCGACCUCGUGCGCAUUGCACUCAACACCUCCCUCAUCCUGAGGACCAGGAGGUGUAUGGGUCCUGCUGGCAAGCAGCUGAUCCAGCCCUUCUUCAGGGUCGACGCUGUGCUCACGUUCAAAGAGACGCCCCACCACUUGGUCUGGAGCCUGGAGAACCUCUUACCGUGCACAGAAUCAUCUGCUUUGUCUACGGCAGCCACCGAGACGCUUGUAUCAUCGGCCAGCUCCGGAAGUCCUACCACGCCGUCUGCUGGCCGUACUGCAGCUGCACAUUCCGCCAAUCCUGCCUUCCGGUGGCCCGCUUCUACUGUGGCACGGCUAUUGCCUAAGGCAGUGGAUCAAGGGUCAGAGGUCAAGGACAGUGCUGCUGAGCCCUCCACUGAAAUGGUCAUUGGUGUGGAAACCAGCAGUACUCCACCCCAUGUUUCUGAGGAGGGUGCAGGCUGGUUGUCAAGGAACACAUCAAUGGAGGGGCAAGCCAAGCACGUCACCUUAUUUCCUGAAUCACCAGAUGAGACUGAGAGGCUCCAUAGCUCCAACCACCGCACACAUUGGGUCCCCAUGUGUCACUGUGAUGUGAAACCACCCAAACUGAAGGCAAACCUGUCCUUCUUUUAG